GAACGCAUCCGACUUGAAGUUCUUCAGGAUUGCGGCCGCAAGUCAAGUUCACUUUCGAGAGUGGUCCACUUUCUCAUUUUCUCACUUUCGAAAAAAACCAAGUUCCCAACGUGAAGAGGAACUAGUUUUCGGAAAUCGGAGUGUGUGGUGCAGUAGUUUUGUGGACUGUGCACGUGUAUGAAUGGAUUUUAAUUGACGAAUAUGGUGUAUACGGAAGGAUAUCUCAAAGAAAAGCUGAUCAAGGAUUUGGACGCCGUUCACGUCGAGGUGACAGAUGAGAGCGACGGGUGUGGCGCCAAGUUCUCAGUGCUCGUUGUGUCAGACAAGUUCCAGGGGAAGCCGCUUCUUGCCCGACACAGACUGGUGAACUCAGUGCUUCAGGAAGAACUGAAAACCAUCCACGCGUUCACACAGAAAACCCUGACGGUCGAGCAAUGGAAGUCGCAGUCGUAAAAUUGUAGAAACCAUUAUAAAAUGAUAUAGUA